AUGCCCGCUGUUCUCGCCAGUUCGCUUUCGAUUCUUCCGCCCUCCUCGGAACGCCCCGCGCCACCGUCAUCAGAUAACUAUGGGAAAUAUCCACUCAAUUCCCAUAUUAUUGAUGAUAACGACAAUGGCAGCAAUGGCAAUGGCGCUACGCAAGUUAUAGGCGGACCCGAAAUGCAGGAGGUUCCAGCAGACUUCAACCACCAAAGAAGCAGCAGUGAGGAGAAGGAAACAUUGACGCCAGCCCAAAGCAGACGGAAGGCACAAAAUAGAGCUGCUCAACGAGCCUUUCGAGAACGAAAGGAACGACGUGUUCACGACCUUGAGCAGGAGUUAAAUGAAUACAAAAGUAACUAUUUUUUUCUAAUGGAAGAUAACGAAAGCCUAAAAAGGCAAAUGGCAAAAGUUGCGAUGGAAAAUGAAAUUCUUCGAGCUACGUCAGUCAACAAUAGGGGCGCAAGCGGCGGUCAUGACCACGAUCCGCAACCCACCACAACAGGGCCAUUAAGAUAUUUGCCAACCGACAAUUUCUCGAGCACUGGAAAGAAGAAGCAUCCAGUUCAUCGCAUCGCGGUUAGCAGGACGACGGGAGAGAAAUUGCUAGAUGUAUCCGCCAUGUGGGAUCUGAUCGGGCCGGUUAUUGAGGAAGCACAUGUGUUUCAGGCUAGAGAGGAGAGUAUCGCAUCUGGGAGCGGCGAGCUAAUCAAGAUUUGA